AUGGCGCUCACGACCGAGCAAACGAAACUCGUCAUGGCGACGGCUCCCAUCUUGCAGGAGCACGGCGAGCAGAUCACGACCGCGUUCUACAAGAAUCUGCUCCAUGACCACCCGGAACUCAACAACUACUUCAACACCGCCAACCAGCAGAACGGUCGCCAAGCCCGGGCCCUGGCCGGCGCCGUCCUCAGCUUCGCCGCCAACAUCGACAACAUGAGUGAGCUGACCCCCAAGGUCGAACGCAUGUGCAACAAACACUCCUCGCUCGGCGUCCAACCCGAACACUAUCCAAUUGUGGGAGAGCACCUCAUCCGCGCCUUUGGGGAGGUACUCGGAUCGGCGCUGACCCCGGAACUGGUGGAGGCAUGGGGAAAGGCGUACGGGUUGUUAGCCAACAUUCUCAUCGGCCGAGAGGCGCAGCUUUAUAAAGACUUCGAGGAGUGGACGUCAUGGCGUAACUUCAAGGUUGACAAGGUGGUACCCGAGAAUGAGAACAUCUUCUCAUUCUACUUGGUGCCAGAAGACGGCAAGAAACUCCCCAAGUUCCUCCCGGGCCAGUACAUCUCGGUCCAGGUCCAAGGUCCGGACGGCUACAAGCAGGCGCGCCAGUAUUCCCUCAGCGACGCCUGGCGCGAGGAUUACUACCGCAUCAGUGUCAGGCGAGACGAGGGCCUGCCCGACCCUAACGCGGGCUCACAGUCCUCCUCUUCCCACCCGGGCCUCGUCUCCAACCUACUUAUCGACCAACUAGGCGCCGGCUCGAUUGUCGGAGUCUCCCACCCCGCCGGUGACUUCUUCGUUAACGGGGACAGCCCCAGCAACAUCCCCCUCGUACUCAUAUCCGCCGGCGUGGGGUUCACCCCCUUGCUAGCCAUCGCCAACACCGUCACUGCAGCACAAGCCGAACGGCCCAUCUCGUGGAUCCACGUCUCAAGGCGGACGGUCCCCUUUGAAGACCACAUCACCGAACUGCGCAAGACCAACCCGAAAUUCCGCACCAUCGUCUUCAAGACCGACCCGGGCGAUGUCAACGGCAGCGCCACCCACGACCACCACGGUCGCUUGGAUCUUGCCAAGGUCGAUCCCGCGGACCUACAUCUUCAGAAUAGCGGCGCUGAGUAUUACAUCUGUGGACCGGAGCAGUUUAUGGGGGAGACGUCGGAGUACCUCAAGGCGCAGGGGGUUGGGGCUGAGCGCAUUAAGUUGGAGAUCUUCAACACAGGUGACUUGGAGUGGAAGCGUGCUUGA